AGGGCACAGGCGGUUGUUGGCCGAUGUUUUGUUUAUCUCUGGAAAUUUAACACCUGUGUGAGGAAGUUGUCAGAUGUCACGGGUGUCAUUGGUGGCGAGCGUGUCAGUACCAAAUGGCUGAGCAGAUCCAGCCUGAUGAAGACACACAGAAUGAGGUGGAACAGGCUAUCUGUGAUAUCAUGGAGACAGAGUCUGUCCAGUUUAAGAGAAGUUGUCCAGGUGGAAUGGUCAAUCAGAAUGGUGUCUACCAGACGGACAAGGGUGAUGUGUUUGUCAAACUGAGUGACAGACCACAGGCCAGACAGAUGUUUCAUGGUGAAUUUGCAAGCUUAGAAGAACUGAGGAAAGCAGAUAUUGUAAAAGUCCCAUGUCCUAUUAAGGUUGUUGCUUUGCCAACAAAGGGAUGUGCCUUGCUGAUGGAGUAUUUGGAGCUAACAGCCCUUCAGGACCAGAAAAGCUUCUCCAAACUAGGCCUGAGCAUCGCUCAAUUACAUUUGGCCAAUGAAAAACGUGGGAGAAAAGGGGAGGCAACUGAAGGUAGUAUACAUCACCAGACAGCAGGAGUAGGGCUGUAUGUGGACAAGUUUGGGUUUGACAUUGUGACCAGCAAUGGGUUUAUUCUGCAAGACACAACAUGGACAGAUAACUGGCUGGAUUAUUGGGCACGUAAGAUGCAAACACAGAUAUCUCUGUUAGAAUCAAAUUAUGGGGAGCGAGAAGUCAUUGAAUUGUGGAAUCAUCUUCUUCCAAAAUUGACAAAGUUCUUCAAGGAAGUAGAAGUGAAACCAUCAUUGUUACAUGCAGACUUGUGGGAUGAGAAUCUGGGAGAAGUAAAUGGGGAAGUAGUGAUGUUUGACCCUGGCUGUUUCUAUGGACACUCUGAAUUUGACCUAGCUCUACCCAGUUUGUGUGAUAACCCGUACUGGAAGGACUUCUUCUCCAGUUAUCAUGAAAUCAUCCCUAAAGCCAAGGGCUUUGAGAACAGAGCUAAGCUUUAUCAGCUAUAUCACCAUAUUAACCACUGGAAUCACUUUCCCCCUGGUUCUUGGGAUGGUGACGAGCAGAGAGAAGACAAGUUUCUGGCAGUGACCACUUUACAGAAGCUAUUGACAGUGGGAUUUUGAUCAAAUGACUCACUGAUCUGCGAAUUUUAAUGCAAGACGAAGGGCAUGGAUUGGUGCUUAUACAUAUGUAAUUCAUUCAUAGCUGUGAAGUUUUUUUGCAAGGAGCAGAAGAUGAUAAAUAAUCAGGGGUUAAAUGGGUAAAGUGCUGAUAUUUGCAGAAGUUUUAGGUGCUAAAGAGGAGUAAAACUGUUAUAUUUGAAAACACACUCUGGUUACUUUUCCAAAAAGAGUUUCUUAACUACUAAAACUUUAAAUUUAAUUUUGUUUCGCCUGAAAUUUUGUUCAAGGUCUGUUUUGCCUGGGUUAAAUUUGCUAUAUUUCUUCCCACCAUAUUGCUAUCUGCCGCUGAAUAAAUAAAAUAUUCUGGUGCACUGCAUAAAACACCAAUCGUGUAAAUAAAUAAAUCAAUAAAAUCCUGACAUUUACAAUCUUACAUCUUUUCUGCAUGCUCUUUAAAAAUUUGCUUGACAUGAUAGCUCUGUUCCACUAUCAAAUUUAACUAAUGAAAUUAAGAGAUCAGCCCAGUUCUAGUUUAUGGACAUUUUAUGAGCUGACUAUAUAUCAGGAUUAAAUGUUAUAUCUGACUUGCAUAUUCUUGAACACUGUGUUAAUGUAUAAAUAUUUAUGAUAAACAUUUUUGUCAUUGAUUGUGCUCUUAACUGCAAUUAUAUUUGCAUUAGUUUUAUCCAAUUUGGAUUGGAUGAUUUGCAUUACACAUUUUCCAGCAUUUGCUUUUAUAUGACAUAUUCAUUGUUAUCCAGUCAAGGCUAAGUACUUGGUGUAUUUUUGCAUGAAGCACUUACAUUUUAAAUGUCAAGUUUUUGUUUAAUGUUUAAUG